GGAAAAAUAAAGUAAAGAAAGAAAGAAAGAAAGAAAGAAAGGGCAGCAUUCAUUCAGCAAUAUCAGCAAAGAGCUGAGAGGUUGGGAGAGAGGGACAAAUUGCAGAAUUGGCAGAGACCUCUGUCUGCUCUGCUCUUCCCACCCCCACCCUCUUUUAUUUUCUUUAAGCCAUAGAUAGAGAAAGAGAAACUCAAAAUCAGCUGGCACUUGAAGAAGAAGAAGAAGAAGAAGCAGCAGCAGCUAUAUAUAACAAAAAUAGUACUAAUAGAGAGAGAGAGAGAGAGAGAGAAAUGGGAGAAGGAGGAGGAGGGGGAGGAGGAACAACAUCAAAGCUGAGAAAAGCAGCUUGGAAGGUGGUGGUAGCAGCUGCAUAUGCAUGUGGGUCCUUGUCCUUGUCCAGAAGUAGUAAAGCUCUUAUGGACCUCCAUUCUAUCUCAGAUUCUUCAUCUGUGUCUCCAACAAAGGCAAAGAAUAUCUCACUUGGAGAUGAUAUUGCAGAAUGGUCCAACCACAACAACAACGCCCUUGCUUCCAAGAGCUUAUGCGCUAUAUGUUUAGAUCCUUUGAGUAACAACAGCAGGGAUAGCAGCCCAGGGCAGGCAAUAUUUACAGCUCAAUGCUCUCAUUCUUUUCACUUUACUUGCAUCUCCUCCAAUGUUCGCCAUGGUAGUGUCACUUGCCCCAUUUGCCGUGCACAUUGGACCCAACUGCCCCGCAGCCUGAACACUCCUUGUGCUUCACUCUCUUCUUGCAACCAAAAUGAUCCCAUACUCCAAAUCCUUGAUGACUCCAUUGCUACUUUCCGUGUCCACAGGCGGUCCUUCUUGCGUUCUGCCCGCUAUGAUGAUGAUGACCCUAUUGAGCCUGAUCACUUGCCUAAUUGUCCCCGUCUUUCUCUCUCUCUAAUACCCAUCCCAUCAGGUGCACCUCCCAGCUUUCGUCCAUCCAUGCAAAUGGCUAGUCGUAGCUCCUACCCAUACCAUCCGUCCCUACAUCAAUUGACAUGCAGUUCCUCAUCACUACUACAAGCACCAACUGGGCAAGCACCUUAUCUCAUGUGCACCUCCUCAAAGAGAGCUUUUCUUUCAGUAAAAUUGGCACAGCAACAAGCAACCGACUUGGUCCUGGUUGCGAGCCCCAAUGGACCACACCUAAGGCUUCUCAAGCAAGCAAUGGCAUUGGUGGUUUUCUCCCUUCGACCUAUUGAUCGUUUAGCCAUCGUUGCUUACUCAUCAACUGCAGCACGUGUCUUUCCCCUUAGGCGCAUGACAUCCUAUGGGAAGCGAACUGCACUACAAGUCAUUGAUCGUCUUUUCUACACAGGGCAAGCAGAUCCUCUUGAAGGACUAAAGAAAGCGAUCAAGAUACUUGAAGAUCGCGCCCACAAAAAUCCAGAGUCACGUAUCCUGCAUCUGUCUGAUAGUCCAACACGAUCUUACCAUGCCUUCAACAUGGAAGUGCCCAUUCCAAUCCAUCGGUUUCAUGUAGGGUUUGGAUUUGGCACUUCAAAUGGGUUCGUCAUGCACGAGUUUGAACAGUUCCUAUCAAGACUGCUGGGAGGUGUUAUUAGAGAUAUCCAGUUGAGAAUUGGGGAGGACGUUAACUGCGGAAUUAUAAGGAUCGGAGAGCUAAAAGGUGGUGAUGAAAAGAGGAUCUUAUUAGACUUGGAAAAGUAUGGACAUGUUUAUGUAGGAUAUACCUACAUUGAGGGCGAGGUUGAUGAAUGCAUCAGAACAGGGGAAACUGUAGUGGGUAUAGGGGACAAAAGUAAUGCUACAGAAAGUGGAGGGAGGGAUGUGAGCAUUGGAGGGAGAACUAGUAGUGUUGAAAGUUGGGAUUACCAUGAUCCUCACAUGGCUAGAAGAUGGGCUAAGCAUUUACAUGGCUACAGACUUUAAAUUGAUCCAAAAGUUGUCCAACAAAAUUUUUAUGUGAUGAUAUCUAUACGAAGCAGCAUCCAUUAGAUGAUGAUUUCGGUCAUCCAGGACCAAUGUUGAUUCUGGUUAAAUUGACUGGCCUUCUACUCCCAAACACUGCUGAGAAAAUAUGUACAAGAUACUAUUACUUACCCAAGAUUUACCAUUACAAUUAAGGAUUUAAAUUUAUUGAAUCA